AUGCCUAUUGUGAAAGUAUUCUUUGGAAUGUCGGUGAGAAGAGCUGAAGAGGAACAGCCACAGGCGGUGGCUGAGGUGGAAAGAUCGGGACUGGAAACCGAGAAUUCGGAGGACGUCCAUGUCGGAAAGCGGCGUACCACCAGAAGACAAGUUGCUGGUGGAAAAAGUCGACUUCGACGAAGAUUCGGAGGUCGACAGAAAAUUUCUGAAGAAGGAGUUGAUGUUGGCAAAGAAGUUGAGUCGGCCGAAGCUCAAAAAGCGAAGAAAGACGCCAAGGAAAUCCAGAACAAGGGAGAAGCUUCAGAAAUCGUAGCUGGGAAACGUGAACGUUCGGCAUCCAGAAGAUCCUCUUCUGGUAGAUCGAAGUCUGACGAGUCGAGAAAGGGAAAGAGGAGCGUCUCCUUCCGUCGUUCGAAGUCUGAAGGAAGAAAGUUUCUGAAACCGAAGAUGACCAAAGAGGAGAAGCAGGCCAAGAAACUGGCUCGUCAGGAGGCCAAAGAAACUGCCAAAACCUUCAAAACAGCUCCAGAAACUUCCGAAGAACGCCCAGAGAUUCUCGAUUUCACUCUUGCUCCAAUGACAAAGGCCCUGGCCAUAAAACUUCGCAGAGACGAGCGUAAGCUCAAGCGUCAGGCCGUGAAGAAGGCUCUCAAGGAUCCUAACCGCAUCCGUCUUGGAACUUUCCAGUACGGAAAACUCGUCAAUGUACCAGCAGCUUUCCGUGAUAUGAGAAAACGAGCAGGACGUCGUUGA